CUGAAGUGGAAGCACCAGGGAAGUCCUAAAUCCGAAGAAGAUGUUAAAGACUUUAAGCAACCAUCACAGUAAUGGAUUUCGGUCACAAAAAUGAGACUGAAAUUGAAAAUAGUGAAAAUUAUGAAAUUCAAAGCACAGAAGAAACUGAAUUAAUCUAUACUUGUCCAGAUGAAAGAAGUGAAAAGAAUCAUGUUGGUUGUCUUCUCAAUAUCAGUGACGUUACACUUGAACAAGAUAAAACAGCCGAAGAGUUUGUCAUUGGAACUGGAUGGGAAGAAGCAGUCCGAGGCUGGGGACAGAUAUCUCCAACUGCCUGCAUCUGGCCCAGGAAGAAGCUUAAGAAGGCGAGGGUGGGAGAAAGUGCCAGCAGCUGCUUACUCUGUGUCAAUCUCUCCCAUGGGAGCCUGGAGGCCAGGCUUCAUUCGGAGGUGGGGAAGUUGGAGUCUGGGGCUUCAGCUCCAGCUCCAGCUCCAGCUGAGGCAGGCCCAGAGAAGGAUGGAGGCAGCCUCUCCCACACCCCGGGCACCCCCCCAGGCCCCACUACAACCUCCAGGGAAGUUAACAAAAUCUGCUUUCCCACCUACAGUCAGGGAGAGAAGAAAAGUUUACAAAUAAAGGAGUUCAUUUGGUGCCUGGAAGACUGGGCCACCCCGGAGACUGUUAGGGGCAAGGACCCCAGAAGGCCCUGGAGAGGCACUGACAGAAUUCUCCCCUCCUCAGACUCCCUGACUUCCAAAGCCCUUUUAGUCCUCCCUCCCUUGAAGUCUUCGCCCCCAGAUGGCUUGGAUGUUCUGGGUAAGAAGACUAAGAACUUUUUCUUGCGGCCAGAAGAGAAGGGGCUGAGUGUGGAAAAGGAUGAGUGUGUGGCUUAUGCCUAUGGAGUGAAAGCCGUUGACGGGGCAGGCGAAAAGCAGCCCACUGAGCUGGCCGGGCACCACAAAGUCAAGGACACGCAGCCUUUCCUCACUCCGGUGGCCCGGAUGCCCCUGCUGGCCGAGCCUGAGCCCUGCUGCCUGCACUGGUCCCUCCUGCCUGAGAAAAACCUGCUGUGCCCUCCCUGCUAUCUCGCCACCUUCCAGCUUUUGCAGAAACAAGGAGCGAGGAACUACAAAGCCAGACUCAAAGCCAGGGAGCCCAGGCCUCCCAUGAAAACCCCAAAGCGCGUCCUCACAGAGGCCAAGCAGGAAAACAGGCCCCAAAUGUUGGAGACCAAAGUGUUCUCAAGACCUCUCUUGCCGUCCCUCACAGUGAGCAGAGUUGUUAUUCCCAUUUCCACUCACAGACUCCUUUGAGCUGCUACAAUAUAAUUCCCUGGGAAUAAGCAGCGUCUGAACGUGGUUCAUCUUCUUUCCCCUGUCUCCCUCCUGCCCCACCCCAGUCUCUUUCUCUUUCUCCUUCUCCUCUUCGUCUCACACACUCUUCUCUCCCUCUCUCCCCUGGCCCCUUUUUGGUAGUAGAUCGGGGACAGCUGAACCUCAUAGUAUGGAUUUUGAUGUACUCUCAAAACCUCCACAUUUUUGUGUUUACCUGCUUCUGUUGCUUAGCCACUUACAAAACGCACACUGGUAGUGCCAGUCUCAGCCUCAGCCUGGCUUAUCUGUGCCCUGGAAGACAAGUGGAUGGUGGGGAAGCUGGAGGGCCUCCCUCCGGGGUUGCCCCCAGGUCAGCCCCCGAGCCAGCCGGCAGGGGCGCUUUCUGCCCCCUGAACCCCAGUGCUUCAAGCCAGGCGUCCUGGGCUUGUUGAGGCCAAGUCGUUUCCUGAUCUUUUGAACCUGGCAGAUGGUCUAUCGGUUGCCACAUUUUCUCUUGCAACAGAAACCUGCUUUAAUUGAAACAGUGUUGUGAGAGAAAAUUCCAGUCUGUGUCCAGAUGAAUUUCCUGUGUCCAGGGUGGCAUAUCCUUAUAUUGAUACUGGGUGGAUGGAUGUGCCAUGUCCAUUGUAUCUUAUGUGUCCCAGAUUUCAUAUACUUAGAACCUUAUGUUAGUCUCUGUGUCUGGGAGGUUUUGGCUACCUUUCUACAAAAUUCAUCUUGAGAGGCAGGUUGAGAAUAAUAAUUAUUGUUUAAAUGUCACUGAGAUGAUUGCUAGCACACAUGCUCCUUCCAGUCUUACAUCUACUAUUUGGGAACUUGACAACCCCAGACAGAGUUAUGGAAUGGAGGUGUGGCUUUCUUCCUUCUUCCAUCUUUCCUCCCCCCUCAUUUUACCCCAGUACACAUUUCCUGAAGUUGUGUAUAAAUUAAAUGUUUGUAAAUAAGUUAUAUUUUAAAUGUGAAGUGACAAUGCUAUGUAGAGAGAUGCUGUGAAGAACCAUUUUGUAAUGUGAAUAACCAUUUAGUCACUCUGUAAUUAUAUAGUUUGCAUUUGCUUAAAGUAGAUCAUACUUGAACUGUAGGCUUUCCAUCUCCUAAGUGAUGGGCAGACAGAAUUUAUGGCUAUUUGUAAACAUCUGUUUUCCAUAACUGGUCUUUGUAAUGUCUUUUCUGUUUAAGUUUAGGAGUUUUGUUGGUUUGCCUUUACAAAACACCAGAAAUAUAGGAAUGAUUACAGUACAAUAGUCAUUUAAAGGUGUACUUUGCCUUUUGAGAUUGGACACUUUUCAGACUAGAAGCAGUUUGCAGUUUCUACUCACCCUUUCUUGUCUGAAUGAAGAAACCAUCUGAAUUCAUCCCCAA